CCCUCAUUAUCUGCAGCUCUUCCCACCCUUCCCCUUCUUUCUUAGCUGGUAAUAUGAAUGCCCCUGACAUUCUACGGAUUUUUUGCCCAUUCAUUUUCAAGACUGUUCAUUACUACCAAUGCUCCCUUUCUCUACUUCCACCAUCUUUUUAUCUGCGCGCUGAACUCUGAACCCUUCCUGUCGGCCUGACGCUCAUUGGCUCAGGUUUGGUUGGUCUUGGUCUCCUGUUGGUCAAAGUGUGCAGAUGAAACCCCCUGCAAUUCGGAAUCUAAUGUAGAGAUUAUUGAAACUGGUGAUGGAGAAAAAGAGGUGGUCUUGGAAGCGGAAAUCUUCUGAGAACAGCUCCGGCAGCUCUGACGGAACAGGAUCCGUGUCAUCCCAUUCUGAGAGAUCCUCGGAUGAACAGGAGGCAUUGAGGGAAUCUCCUAAUGGAAGCAAUCAAUCACCUGACGUCACCUCAAAAGCAGAACCUUGUUCUGAGGAUGUUGGCUGUAGUUUAUCUAUUGAUGCACAAGCAUCUGAGGUCACCUCAAAAGCUAUACCUGCUACAGACAAUGGAAGUGAUGGUUCAUUAGAAGAUGAGGGCAAUGAUUCUAAAGACAAUUUCAAAAAUGUAAAGGAAGGUGAUGUUAACGAGGGUCUAAAGAAGUUGUCAGAGAAGCUGUCUGCAGCGCUUGUGAAUGUCAGUGCCAAAGAAGAUUUGGUUAAACAGCAUGCAAAAGUUGCUGAAGAAGCCAUUGCAGGCUGGGAAAAGGCUGAAAAUGAAGCAGCUGUUUGGAAGAAGCAAUUAGAAUCAGCGGCUUUCAAGAAUUCUGUGCUUGAAGAUCGAGUCAUCCAUCUGGAUGGUGCACUUAAAGAGUGUGUUAGACAGUUAAGGCAGACAAGAGAAGAACAGGAACAAAAUAUACAUGAUGCUGUAGUAGAGAAAACUCAUGACUUGGAAUCAGCUAAACUUAAACUUGAAAAACAGCUCCUUGAGCUCCAGAGUAAACUAGAUACUUCUAAUGCUAGAUCUCCUGUUACAGUUUAUCAUGAUCUGUACCAAAAGGUUGAACAUUUGGAGAAAGAGAACUUGAAUCUCAAGCAUGAUCUAACUGCUCAACUUGAAGAGUUGAAAAUCAGGACAAUUGAGAGGGACUUGAGCACUAAAGCAGCUGAGACAGCUAGCAAACAACACUUGGAAAGCAUUAAGAAAAUGGCCAAGCUUGAGGCUGAGUGCCGGAGAUUGAAAAGCAUGUCUCGUAGAACGUCCUCAAUUAACGAUCAUAAAUCCUCUGCUUCAGCCUCAAUUUGUGUGGAAUCUCUCUCAGAUAGUCAAUCUGACAGUGGGGAACGGCUUAAUGCAGUGGAGAUCGUUGAUUUCCAUAAGAUGAAUGGCUUGGAAUCAAACAAGUGUGAGACAAGCUGUUCCGAUUCAUGGGCAUCUGCGCUAAUUGCUGAGCUUGAUCAGUUCAAAAACGAAAAGUGCCGGCAACCCUCAUCCGGUUCAAUCAACAUUGAUCUUAUGGACGAUUUUCUUGAAAUGGAACGACUUGCUUCAUUGUCUGAAACUAAGAAUGAGAGUUCUUGCCUGGAACCAGUUGCUGCAAAUCAGUGCAUUUAUGAAGAAGGCUCCCCCAGAACAGAGCUUGAAAAUAUGAAUCAGCAAAUGUCUGAACUAAUAGGGAGGUUAGAGAAGGCAGAAGCAGAGAAAGCUGAGCUGGAGAUAGCUUUGAUGAAAAGUGAAGACUGUAUUGAGGUAGCGCAGCUUCAAUUGAGACAAGCGGAGAUGAAACUGGACGAGAUGCAAAGAGUGCUAGAAGUUGCCUACAAAUCAAAGGAAAUGAUAGAAAAUCAACUUGUGAGAAUGGAGGAAGAGGCACAGACAAUAUUUGCUAAGGUUGACUCUUUAGAAGCAGAGGUUGAUAGGGAGAGGGCUACAUCAGUUGAAAUUGCCAUUAUGUGUAAAGAAUUAGAAGAAGAACUGGAAAGGAAGAAGCAAGGAGAGAACCUCAGGUGCGCAGUUAGCUCAUACGGCGAAAAGAAGAUGAAGAAGGAAGACCUAGCAUUAGCUGCUGGAAAGCUAGCUGAGUGCCAGAAAACAAUCGCAUCUUUGGGUAAUCAGUUGAAAUCUCUGGCAACACUAGAAGAUUUUCUCAUUGACACUGCUAGCAUUCCCGAGUUCUCUGCAAGCCCAUCACUCAUUGCUCGAGCCAGUGGAGACACGUGGAAGCUGCAUUCUAUUGAUACAUUUUCACCUAAAAGAGGUUCCAGUUCUUCAAAACAAGCCGAAGGGAGCCAUAGCCCGUCACUGAACAAAAAUGAAGGCUCGCCACCUUCGUCUUCUUUAUCAUCAUCAGCCAGGUUACCAAAUGUCAGUUCUGAGAGAAGUCGAAAUGGCUUUGCUAAAUUUUUCUCUCGAACAAAAAGUGGAAUUCGGCUAGAAAUUUAGAGUGUUGGAUACAAACUAACAUGGAUUUCAUUCAUGUACCAUGGUGUGUAGAUUAGAGACAUCUGAGUUAUCAUUAAAAAAAAGAUUUAAUGACA